AGAGAAAGAAGGGCAAUAAAGGUGGGACUCAGAGUCACUUUGCAACACUGGCCUUGUCUCCUGCCUCUCGGAGGGGUCAAGUCCUGAGGACCUGUUUUCCAUGCUCAGUGUGAACCUGACACAGUUCCACCGAAGAGCUGGUUGACUCAACCCACUUCUCUGGGCUCCUGCCGGGCUACGAGGAAACUGUCAGCUCUGGGAAGGAUUGGCUGGCACAGAAGAACCCAGCCUCCCACUGCCUCCUUCAGGCAACGAGCCAAAGGGGGCCCAGAAGAGAGAGAGUGGAGCUGUGGGAGACACCGCUCCUGAGAGAAGGAUGCAAUUUCUGGACCUAUCCUGGCUGGGACUAGGGCCCAUGUCAGCCUCACCAUGGCUACUCUUUUUCUUGGUUGGAGCUUCCUGGUUCUUGGCCUGCUUCCUCACGCAGAUAUACACUUUAUAUGAGAAGUGUCAUCGUCUUUGUGGUUUCCCUGAGCCACCCAAGAGGAGCUGGUUUUGGGGUCACCUCGGCAUGUCCCCUCCCACGGAAGAAGGCAUGAAGGAGAUGACUGAGCUGGUGGCCACUUACCCCCAGGGCUUCCUGACCUGGUUAGGCCCUGUAGUUCCUCUCAUCAAUCUGUGCCACCCCGACACCAUCCGAUCUGUCGUUAGUGCCUCAGCUGCGGUGGCCCCAAAGGACGACAUCUUCUACAGAUUCCUGAAGCCCUGGCUGGGCGAUGGGCUCCUGGUGAGUGCUGGUGACAAGUGGAGCCGCCACCGUCACAUGCUGACACCCGCCUUCCACUUCAACAUCCUGAAGCCCUACGUGAAGAUUUUCAAUGACAGCACCAACAUCAUGCAUGCCAAGUGGAAGCACCUGGUCUCAGGGGGUAUAGCCCGUCUGGACAUGCUUGAGAACAUCAGCCUCAUGACCUUGGAUACUUUACAGAAAUGUGUCUUUAGCUUCAACAGCAACUGUCAGGAGAAGCCCAGCCAGUACAUUGCUGCCAUCUUGGAGCUCAGUGGUCUGGCUGUGAAAAGAGACGAGCAGCUGCUUCUGCACAUGGACCUGCUCUACCGCCUCACGCCUGACGGGAUGCGCUUCUAUAAGGCCUGCCGCCUGGUACAUGACUUCACCGACGCCAUCAUCCAGGAGCGACGUCGCACUCUGCCCAGGCAUGGUGGUGAUGAUGUCAUCAAGGCAAAGGCCAAGGCCAAGACUUUGGACUUUAUUGAUGUGCUGCUGCUAACCAAGGAUGAAGACGGGAAGGGGAUGUCAGAUGAAGACAUCCGAGCCGAGGCUGACACCUUCAUGUUUAGGGGCCAUGACACCACAGCCAGUGGGCUCUCCUGGAUUCUGUACAAUCUGGCGAGGCACCCUGAGCACCAGGAGCGCUGCCGGCAGGAGGUGCAGGAGCUCCUGAAGGGCCGCGAGCCUGAGGAGAUUGAGUGGGACGACCUGGCCCGGCUGCCCUUCCUGACCAUGUGCAUCAAGGAGAGUCUACGGCUGCACCCCCCAGUCACAAUGGUUUCCCGCUGCUGCACUCAGGACAUUUCCCUCCCAGAUGGCAGGGUCAUCCCUAAAGGUGUCAUCUGCAUCAUCAAUAUUUUUGGAACCCAUCACAACCCGACUGUCUGGCGCGACCCUGAGUCUCUUCUGCAGGUCUAUGACCCCUUCCGUUUUGAUCCAGAGAACCACCAGGAUAGAUCACCUCUGGCAUUUAUUCCCUUCUCCGCGGGACCCAGGAACUGCAUAGGACAGACUUUCGCCAUGAGCGAGAUGAAGGUGGCGCUGGCGCUGACGCUGCUGCGCUUCCGCGUCCUGCCGGAUGACAAGGAGCCGCGCCGGAAGCCGGAGCUGAUCCUGCGCGCGGAGGGCGGGCUGUGGCUGCGGGUGGAGCCGCUGAGCGCGGGCGCACAGUGACCCGUCCACUUUGCCCUGGACUUCUCAGUAGGUAGACAGGUGUGACUCUGCCUUUGUAGACUGCGAAGCACCAGCUGCCAAGAGAUGCACCCAGUGCCCAGGGUUAGGAAGUCUAGCUGCUUGAUUUGAGCCAAAGGUCUGUCUUCCCCUGGAUGAUCACAGGCUCUGAUGGUUAGAGUUCAUUCUCCUCUAGAGAAGCUGCACUACUCUGGGCAAUAGGGAGCCAGGCUGGAGGGGUGUGUGUGAUUCAGCAGGAGAGCGAGCAGUUGGAAGGGCCAGACUGAGACUCAGAUUCUCAGAUGCAAACACUUAGCACCACCCUGACCCCCAUUCUAAGCUCACGUGCCCAUCUUUUCUCACAUCAGAAUUCUGUUUCUGUGGGCUUUAAAUUACUAUGUGUAUUAAAGCUAACAAGCCAUCCUUUUGCUUUGUCUUUGAGGCGAUGCCUCACUGUGUUGCCCUGGGUCAUUCUCAAACUGCUGGUCUUAAAGGAAACUUUGCCUAAGCCAUCACUGCAGUCCUUGGGACAUCAUAGCGGGCUGGUCCUGGUUCUUAUGCGGUAUUCCUGACCAGUGUGCUCUUGUGUCCAUUUUCACUGGUAAGAGGAACCCAAGGAGGUGAAGGUCAUGGUGGUGGGUGGCCGGUAAGGCUAUAAAAUUUUCAGCGUUGUGGCCUUGCUACUCUGGCUGUUGCCGGAGUCCACUGGAGGUCCAGGACUGAGUGCCUUUCAGGCAUCCUGCAGAACUAGUUAAAAAACCUAGAGGCGCAGCCCUUGCUCAGCACAUGUGGAGCUCUGAAGUCCCACAUUCAAACGGCGCAGGGGAAAACAGAAAGCUGGGACUUCAAAAGAGAUUUCAAAAAUGGUUAGUUUCCUCAUCUGGAAGCCACAUUUGUUUUCUUUGCCUUUAGCCUUAUUCCAAGUGUUUUUCUUAUUCUCAUCCAUUGAGUUUCAUUUACAGAAAGUAAACAGAAUAGGAAAAGAAUAUCUUUUAUUACUUUAAUAUGUGCAAUAAUCACUGGUAGCACAGUGUCACGAGAAUUGGUAAGAAUGAGAUCAGCUCUCCCCACAUAGAGAGCGAAGCCACUGCCUUGGAGCCGAGCUUAACCGUUAAUUGCCUAUUUAGCUUCAUGAAAUAAUCCUACUUGAAACAUGGCUAGUCACCUCACUUUUUAGCAUCUCCCAAAGAGGUAACUGGGCUUUUUGUUACCUCUUGAUGUCCAGGAGAUCAUCGCUGCCACCUUACAGGGAAACCCCAUUUUAACACCUAUUAUUUGUGUCUAUGUAGAUGUUUUAGGAAGCUUCUGUAGUAGUAGGUUUCCAUAGGAUGUUUUGAAAACAUCUUUAAUGUUAAUUAUCCCUUCCCAUAAUUCCUCAUCUACCUUGCCUUGAAAUCCCCUCACCAUUAAACUCUUCCUGUGCCAUUAUUUCCCUUUAACUCUUCAUACUGCUUCAUUCUGGAAAUCCUGCCUCCAUAGCUCCUUGCUAAUUUCCUGACCUCUGUGGGCAUUCCACAUGUUUCUCAGCCAUUUGCCUUUUGUCUUUUGUGAGCCCUCUGUUCAGGUCUAUGCCCUCUUUUAAACUGGGCUGUUAGUUUUCUUGAUAUUUUACAGGGAAUUUUUUGAAGUUAGGCUGAAUGCAUUUUGUAUUAUGAAAUGGACAUGAGCCAAUAAAGACAAAAAGCAAUUUGAAA